CCAUGCAUCUCCUCGCCCGCAGUCCCGCCUCCCUCAUCUUCAGGCGUUCGUCUUCUUCCUCGAUCUCUUCCAACUCUUCGGCCGUCUGCAACUACGUAAUCGCUCAGCUCGACCGCUUCCUCUCGUCGCCCCACUGCCCCACCCGCGAUUGCCUCAGUCGGUCCCACGCGCUCAUCAUCACCUCCGGCAACUCUGCCAACCCCUUUUUCUCCGCUAAGCUCAUCUACCUCUAUGCUUCCAGCAACUCUCCUUUUUCCUCCAUUGAGAUCUUCCGCGGGACCCCCAACAAGGACGCAUUCCUCUGGAACUCGAUCAUCAAGUCCCACUUCUCCAAUGGGCUCUACUCUCGGUCCCUUGAGCUCUUCUCUGAGAUGCGGUCGGCCGAUUGCUUGCCCAAUCAUUUCACGCUCCCGAUGGUUGCGUCGGCCUGUGGAGAGGCCGGGUGGCCUAAUUUCGGGAUGUGCGUUCACGGUUUGGCCUCAAAAUGCGGCCUUUUGGGGUGUAGUUCCGCAGUGGGGUCUUCUCUGGUGUACAUGUACAGCAAGAGUGGUGAAAUCGGGGAUGCUUGCAAGAUUUUCGAUGAAAUGCCUGACAGAGAUGUUGUGGCAUGGACUGCAGUUUUAGUGGGGUGUCUUCAGAAUGGCGAGGAGGAGAAGGGUUUAGAGUUUCUUUGUGAGAUGCUUAGUUGCGAUGUGAGGCCGAAUUCUAGGACCAUGGAGGGUGCAUUUCAAGCUUGUGGUAAUAUGGGUGCUUUAUUGGAGGGUAGUUGCUUGCACGGUCUAAUGGUGAAAAAUGGAGCUGGGUCUUCUCCCGUGGUGCAGUCUUCAGUUUUGUCCAUGUAUACAAAGUGUGAAUGCCCUGAUGAGGCAUAUCGGUCUUUCUGUGAAGUUGUAGAUAAGAAUAUUUUCACGUGGACAUCAGUGAUUGGGGUACAUGCAAGGGUCGGGAAGAUGAGAGAAUGCAUUUCCUUGUUUCACCAAAUGCAGGAUGCUGAGUUUUAUCCUGAUAGGAUUGUUAUCAGUUGCAUGCUUUUGGGUUUUGGGAAUUCAAUGAAUGUCCUUGAGGGGAAAACGUUUCAUGGAUUAGUACUGAGGAGGCGUUACUUGUUCGAUCAGAUGGUUGACAAUGCGCUUUUGUCCAUGUACUGCAAAUUCAGGCAGUUGGAUAUAGCAAAUAAGCUAUUUGAUCGAGGGAAUAAACUUGAUAAGGAGCGGUGGAACAUAAUGGUUCUUGGAUAUGGAAAGAUAGGAUUAGAGGAGAAUUGUAUCAAGCUGUUCAAAGAGAUGCAUUAUUUGGGCAUUGAAGCUGAUUCCAACAGCUUGGUUUCUGUGAUUUCUUCAUCUUCCCGUAUGAGAGAAAACUCUAUAGGCAGGCAGUUUCAUUGUUAUGCAAUCAAAUGUUUAAUGGACAGUGAUGUCUCAGUAGCAAAUUCACUGAUUGAUUUCUAUGGCAGUUGUGGGGAUUUGUCAAUGGCACAUAGUAUAUUUUCGAAGGCAAUGAGAGAUGUCGUUUCAUGGAACACAUUGAUGUCAGCUUACGCUCAUAAUAAACGUUAUGUCGAUGCUAUUUCCUUGUUUAAUAGGAUGAGAUUAAAAGGCAUAAGCCCAAACUCAGCGACAUUGGUAACAGUGCUUUCAGCCUGUUCCAAUCUUGCUUCUCUGGAGGACGGAGAAAGGAUUCAUCAGUUCAUUACAGAAAACCAAUUUAAAUUGAAUGUUUCCCUCGCAACAGCUCUGAUUGAUAUGUACGCAAAAUGUGGGAAGCUUGAGAAAUCGAGACAAAUCUUUGACUCGAUGAACAAGAGAGAUGUUAUCUCCUGGAAUGUCAUGAUUUCUUGUUAUGGGAUGCACGGUGAUGCAAAAUCUGCCAUUGAUGUUUUCCAACUGAUGGAGAACUCAAACAGAAGGCCUAACAACCUCACUUUUCUUGGCCUUCUCUCCGCCUGUGCACACUCGGGUCUUGUCAAAGAAGGGAAGUAUCUCUUUGACAGAAUGGAGUCUUAUUCCAUAAAGCCUGACUUGAAGCACUAUGCUUGUAUGGUGGACCUUCUCGGCAAGUCAGGUGAUCUGAAGGGAGCUGAGGAGUUGGUUCUCUCGAUGCCCAUGUCUCCUGAUGGAGGAAUUUGGGGAGCUCUACUUAGUGCCUGUAGGAUCCAUGGUGAGAUCGAUAUAGGUGUUAGAGUAGCGAAGCAUGCGAUUGAAUCUGACCCAGGAAAUGACGGGUACUAUGUGCUGCUAUCAAACAUGUGUACUUCAAUCGGACGCUGGGAAGAGGCAGAGAUGGUGAGGAGGACGAUGAAGGGCCGAAUCGAGGAAAGGCGAGCAGGUUGGAGUGCAAUAUAAUCGAAGAGGAAACUGCUAUUUGAAUGAUAUCAGAGCUCCCACUUCAAUUUUAUGGCUAAUCUUUGGACAACCUUCAUAAAAGUUCUUCAAGAGUAGAAGGAUUGCCAGUCUAUCCUAACCGUCGAUUGUUUCAACAUCACAUCUGUAAGUAAAUAGUUGUUUCUGGAAAAAUGUAAGAGAGUGGAAAAGUUGCCUCUCUCAUAGCUCCUGGAGCUUUGACCAACCAGACGCCCAAGUACUAGAACCUUUAAGGACUUCGCUCUCAUCCAGCAUGGCACAAAGGGAUUGCAGGUUAUCUUGCAAAUUUACUAUUGAGUGCCCACCUCUCAUACUUGGACCACAACUCACAAGGAAGGUGCAUUGGUUCUGUCUGACUCUGUGCCAAAGCAGUUGAGACUAUUUCCUAAUGAAGUCUGAGUGUAUAUGGGUCUUGGGACUUGCCUUUGUAGGCUUCUGCUGAAGGAACCCUUAACUGCUGCCAGUAAUUCUACGCUGUCCACUGCUCGAAUUCUUCAAGUUUGAGGGCCCAGUCAUUCUAGAGAAAUCUUCUAAAAGAAUACAGCGAGAAAAAAGUUUGAGAUCUCAGAUAAGCGGCGAUUUCAGUUCGCAGUUGAGGCAGAUCAGCCAGGAGAGAAUAUGAUGAUCUUGCUCAUGCUAGCUGCAAUCCACUUACUGAAUAAACUCCAUGAGUGCAAGAGACGCUGAAUGCUGUGAAUGAGAUCUAAGGAGCCCUGAAUAGACAUGAAACGGCAUCAGAGAGUUAGAGAUUCGCAGUCGCAGGAUAUUUUGUUGAUGGCAGCAAUAUUAAAGAUCGGUUGGAGGAAGACAGAUUCAUGCCUAUGACAUCAAUGACGAACCAGUAGUACUCAUAAGUCAGUUGAAUUUGCUUCUCUUCCUGUUGUUCCCCUUUGCUCAUAAGUUGGACAGCUUGAAAUCGUCUUUGUCGGACAGCUCAUAAGUGGCUAUCACCAAUCUAAUUGAAUCUGACACCUAUAAGAGACUCUGCCUGUAACGAAGGGUCCGUAAUAUUUACUGUAAUGGAGAUCUAAUUAGCUUCAAUGUAAAUGUUCUAUUUUCUUGCAGCCACUUUAGCUUCCUUGCUUGUGAAUGAUAUACUAUAAUCUUUCAUUUCUUUUGAAAAGCUUGAAAAUGGGGAGCUCUGCUGUAGGGACUGUAUCUUCUGGAUCAAUUGUGUUAUUUGGCUAUGAAAAGUGCAAUGUCCUUUCUAUGUGAAA